AUGGGUUCGCGAUCGAAAAUAACUCAUGUAAUCUUCGAUUUGGAUGGUGUAUUGAUUGAUUCGGAGCGUGUUAAUUUCCAGAUAUAUCAGAGAAUUUGGAGUAAAUAUGGGAAGAAUUUUACGCCUGAGCUAAUGCUUCGAAUCACGGGGACACCGAGUUCAAACAGUGAACUAUAUCUUAUAAAACAUUUUGGUAUGGAAGAGAAACUUUCAGUUGAGGAAUAUCGUAAACAAUACAAUACUCUAUCGGAUGAACUUAUGACUAAAUGUCCGCUUCUUCCCGGUGUCAUGCGAUUGGUACGACAUUUAGCGAAGCAUAAGAUACAUAUGGCGGUAUGUACCAGUUCAACUAAAGCUGAGUUCAAUACAAAGAUGGCUACACAUACGGAGUUGCUCGAUUUGAUACCUUUAAUUGUUUCGGCUGGAGAUGAUCCAGAAAUUAAACGUGGAAAACCAGCUCCGGAUCCAUUUCUGGCUACAAUGAAUCGAUUCGAAGAAAAGGCAGAAAGUGCCUUAAAUAUUUUGGUAUUUGAAGAUUCAGCAAAUGGUGUUCGAGCAGCUAUCGCUGCCGGUAUGCAAGUUGUUAUGAUUCCCGAUACGGCAUAUAUGAAACCACCCGAAGAAGUGAUGGAUAAAAUUGGAUGUAUUUUGAAGAGUUUCGAAGAAUUUAGACCGGAGAGCAUGGGCUUACCAUCGUACGAUUGA